ACAAAUGAAAAGAGUGGGCAAAUGAGAGCAUACGGUUGUCAUCAUGGAUGCUGAACAGCCUGGAAAAGAUGUACAUGUCCAAGCUGCUGUGGGAAUCCGACGGAUAGCAGGCUCCUUGAAGCAAGAAAGCUUUGUGGUGGUGAACGAAGAUUCUAACUGUUUAAUAUUCAUCAAUAAGGCAGAAAAAGGGGUGCAGGAAGGAUGCUUCACCAUUAAUGGAGUCUACACUUUGGAAACUGGUCAGGACAAGCUCUUCCUGGAACAACUGCAACCUCUGAUGGCCAUGGUGUCUCUUGGCUACAGCGCAUCCUUGCUGGUGUAUGAUACUCAUCACUGUGGAGUUCAGGCACAAAUCCAAUACUUAGUCCAGAAGGUAAUAGAAUAUGUGUUCCAAGAAUCCAGUUCUCCCCCCAAUAAUUCUCAGUUUCUCAAAACCAUCAGCUUUGUUCAGAUUUACUCAGAUGGACAGGCCAAAGACCUGCUUCAUCCAGAAAACCCAGCCCUGCAGGUGAUGGAUCUUCCUCCACUGGGACUGGUUGUGAAAGAGGCAACUGAAAUUGUUGUGACUGAUUCACAAGCUGCCACUCACUUCUAUCACUGUGGAGUCUCAGCGUACCACAGUUGUUUGGAGCAAUCUUUUCAAAAGUCACACAAUACCAUCAUCCUCUUUACCAUCACCAUUGAGACAAAACUGGCAGAGGGUCAGGAACUUCAGCGUGCUACUGUCCGGAUCUUUGAGUUCCUUGGAGGAAAUGAGCAGUCUUCCACUGAUCCCUUUUUUCCUUUUUCUUGGGCUUCAUCUGCUGUGUCCCUUCUCCCUGAAGCAGGAUUUCUCUCUUGGAUUUUGAAGCAACUGUUGGAAGAUAAUACGCUUACAUUUCUGCUGUUGUGCCUGACCCUGCCAGAUGCUCCCGGAAAAGAGAUACUGUCUGCCAUCUCACUGACAGAACAAGUGAGGACCGUAACAAAAAGAGUUGCACCAACCCACUGGGAUCCCACUCAAGAAGCCCAGAAACGAAGAGAAGCAAUAGGAGAGCUGAGAGCCCAGCUCUUCCUCAGUGAUCGGACAGAGCAGGACAGCAAGAUCAUUCAACUGGAAAAGGUGAUAAAGGAGCUACAGGUUCUGAAGAGUCAAAACUGGGAGAAAAAGAAGAAAUCGGCAAAUGAAAUAAAGGAGAAAGAUACUUCCUUCAUAGCCAAAAGCUGGGCUAGUGAACAGGACCAAGGUAUUAAGGCAAGAUUUUCUCUAGCUAAAACCAAGAAGCAGAAUCUUCAAAAACAACACCAAAUCCUGAUCCAGCAAGAGCUUUCUAGUAUGGAAAAGGAGCUGGAAGGCCAAGAGAAGAUUCCUCCAUUCCAGGAAGGAGCUCUUCUCUGGCAGAAAGAAAAGCCUUUUCUAACUUUGUACAUGGAGGCACUGCAAAAAGAACAGGAAGAAGCAGAAAAAGAUCUGGAGAAGCUGUACCAGGAAUACCAACAUGAAGCAAAAGCUCAGAAACAGCACUUCCUACAGGUAUUCCGAGCAUAUAAGAGUCAUGUUGAAGACCAGAUGGAUGCCCUUGAAAAGCAAUAUCGAAAGCUGCUCAAGGAAUCCCUCCAGGAUGCCAUCUCCCUCUCAGUUCAGAACCAACAACUGCGAGUUCAGAAGCAACUGGAUUUCACAGACACAGCAACCCAGACAGACUUUCAAACUCUAAAGAACUAUCCCAUGACCUAA